GUCUCUCACCUGAGAUACGUUCGCCGACUAAUUCGCCGCGAUACCAAACGACGAAUUCCACCACCGCAUACGAACGGAGGCAUCCAUGUGCGGACUACGUGUUACGAUUACCGGCCAAUUAAGCCGCAUUGUUUCUCCGACUUCCUACAUAGACAAAGCAAUCUAGGAAUGAAACUCGUCGAAUUAAUUAAGCUUGUAAAGAGAAAUAAGACUCUUGUAAAGAGAAGUAAGACAAUCUCAAGUCGCGCUUCACUCUAAAGACAUGAACUGAAAUGUUCAUGAAACAUCGGAAAUAAAUCCACAAAAGACGCAGCGCUAAUACGGAGGCCAAAUUAAAUAAAGCGAAAGCUGUUCAGUGCUUCAGUGCAUACAAAGAAGAUCAAAUAUAUAGAGAUUGCAAAAUCUUCAAGUCAAACAUCAAUAAGAUCAAUAAUAGUAAAGAGGCUAAUUCGAUGAUAAAGUAGUCAGUGUUAGUGCCGUUGAUCGGUGGAAUAGAAUCAUCAAUAAGGAUCCUUAUAGAAAACCUUUAAUUGAGCGAAUAGAUAAGAUGCAAGGAACAGUUGUAUUCGGGAGUUUGAUCGGGUGCAUGCUAAUAACGUAUGUAAAAUUCGCAAAUCCUAUUCCAAAGCAUGACACGUUGCAGCAAGUGAUAUUCAUAAUUCGUCACGGUGACCGAAAUCCCGUGGAGACUUACCCUAAAGACCCUCACAUAAAUUACACUUGGCCCGGUGGCCGGGGUGCUUUAACCAAGAAAGGAAUGCUGCGAAUUUACACUAUAGCUCAAUGGAUUCGCGAGGAUUACGGCGCGAUAAUCGGUAAGAAAUACGAAAAUGUAAACACGAUGGUAUUUAGCGCCUCUGAAGAACGGAGCAUUAUGUCGGCACAAACGUUACUCGCGGGGUUGUUCUCACCAAGUCACGAGGAUAUAUUCACGCCCAAUUUGAAAUGGACGCCUAUUCCUGUGUAUACGAUACCAAAGGAAAUAGACAAGUUUUUAUCAGUGAAAGCACCAUGUCCGCAGCUGGAGGAGGCUUUGAAACAAGCCUUUCUAAAAGAGGAGAAAAGAUCGAGCGCGAAGAUGGCUGAAUAUUACAAGAAACUGACAAAAUACACCGGAAAGAAUAUAAGCACGAUCCUCGAUGUCUCGUAUCUUUACGAUACUCUCCAGAUCGAAGAGCAACACGGACUAAAACUUCCCAUCUGGACGCAAAAUUUGUAUAAUAAUGAGAUGCGUGAAAUGUCUAUUCGCAGCUAUAAUCUUUUCACCGACGACAUUAUUCAAAAACGUCUUCGAGGAGGUCCGUUGCUAAAGAAAAUCUUACAACAUAUGGAAGAGACGAAGAUUGGCCCGAAGCCGAGACGGGCAUAUUUUUAUUUCGUUUCCGACAUAACGAUCAUCAACGUAAUGAGAACAAUGGAAUUUAUGAAUAUAAGUAAACCAGAUUUUGGAGCGACGCUCAUUUUUGAGUUGCAUUGCACCGAUAACCAAAGUCAGGAAGUGAAGAUUUUAUAUUUAAGUAGUACGGAAAAAAAAGUCGCAUCUUUUAUGGAAAUUCCCAACUGUGCGAAUCCUUGUUUAUUGCAGAGCCUGAAGCAAACGUGGCACAAAGUGAUCCCGGAUAACUGGGAUGCGGAAUGUACAAUAUGAAAAAUUUUGUAGUAAUUUUUACUAUAAUAUUUUCACCAUGUAUAUAUAGAUGUUGUUGAAAGUAGCUUUUAAAUAAUACUGUCGAUAUAAUAAAAGUGGCAACGCUUUUCUUUCGAUGAAUUUCGCAAUACAAUUCGCGUUCAAUAAAAAAAUGUAUUUCUUGAGAAUUAUUAAAAAACAAAUUCUCCUAUUGGACAUCGAAAGUGUUGCGAAAUUCAUCAAAAAGUGUUGUAACUUUUAUUGUACCAACUAUACAUACACAUGAUAGGUCUUAUAUAGGAUCUGAUCUUAUCAAAUGCCGAUGAUAAGGCAUUUUAUUAGCAUUUUGUCAGAUAACAGCUUUGAUAACAUUCUGUGCAAAAAUCCGUAUUAUACGUAUUCGUACACAUGUAUACGUACACUCAUUGUAUAAAUCUCUGAUACUGAAGAAUAAUAUCAAUUAUUAAAUUAUUAUUAAAUUAUUAUAAAUCUGGCAUGUGGAAUGUACAAUAUGAAAAACUAUUAAAUGUGUGUGCACUUAAUGUGUGCGUGUGUGAGAUUAACGACAUAUCACAAUUUUUACAUGUAAAUAAAAUACAUGUAAAAAUUGUAAUAUAUCGUUAGUGUCACACACACUUAAUAGUUUUUCAUUUUAUACAUUCCGCAUCCCAGAUUUAUAAUAAUUUAAUAAUA